AUGAAUACAAAUUCUGAAUUAUUUAAGAAGAUUAAAAAUGAGAUGUUAAAUUAUGUUUAUAAUGAUCAGAAUAAUAAUUUAAGCUUUUAUUCAAAUCAAUUAAGUAAUACAAAUGAUUUCAUAGCUAUUUAUAAAGAGAUUAUGUUUGAAAUAGUUGACUUAGCACAGAAUAAUAAUGAAACUACCUUGAUAGAAUUUUAUAAAUAUGUUAAGAUGGUUUAUAAACUGUAUAUUUACUGUAGUAAUUACAUCAAAAAACAUAACUUUAUAUUUUCUUAUAGAAACAAAAAUGAUAGUAUUUUUAUGUAUUGGUAUAAAAAAGCUAUUGAUAGACUUCAAACACACAUUAAAGAUAAAAUAAUAUCAGAGGCUGAAUCUAAAGUUUAUGAAAUCAAGCUAAAAAUAACUAGUUUUAAUAAAAAUAAAGGAAGUGUCAGUAUGGAUAUGAUAAAUGAUUUAAAGAUAAUUUAUUCACUUGUGUCGGAAGAUGAAAUAAUGAGAAUAUUAGUUGAUAUUGAAAAUAGCUUAGAUGUUGAUUUCAAUACAGAAGAAGAGUAUUUUAAUUAUAUUGAAGCAAAUAGUGUUUUUGAUGGAUAUACUGAUAAGUUAAAAGAAAUACUACAAAAAAAUUUAAGAAAGAAAUUUUACCUUAAAAAAUUUAGACAUAAACCACUUUUAGAAAUACACUCUGAAGAUCCACAAAAAAGUUUAUUUUUUUUCUUUAUUUUAAUUUAA